CUUUUUUCGACUGAUCUUUCUCUCCAUAAAACUCGCUCGUUGUUCGAUACUUUAGUUUCUUACCUCGCCCCUUUUGUCUCUCCUAGCUUGACUCGUUUUCGGACAGUAGUUUCUUUCGUCUGUUUUUCAAAAGAACCUUUAUUUAGAUUGAUUUUUCGUAGAAUUUUAAGGUUUUUUGUUGGAAUAUAUGGCGCUUGUUUCUUUCAUUGGAAGAGUUCUUUUCGCUUCAGUGUUUAUCCUCUCUGCUUGGCAAGAGUUCAACGAAUUUGGCGUUGAUGGAGGGCUGGCAGCAAAGGCGCUGAAACCAAAAUUCAAUGUCUUCUCAAAGACUGUGUCAUCUCAUACAGGAGUGCAAGUGCCAGAAUUCGACAUUAAGUAUCUGGUUGCGGCGGCUAUAGCUUUUAAGGGUGUUGGGGGUAUUUUUUUUAUCUUUGGCAGCAGUAUCGGAGCUUAUCUUCUGGUUCUGCAAGAGCUCAUUGUUACUCCUAUAAUGUAUGAUUUCUACAACUAUGACAUGGAAAAGAAAGAAUUCGGUCAACUUUUCUCAAAGUUCUCACAGAACUUGGCAUUGCUAGGGGCAUUAUUCUUCUUCAUUGGCAUGAAGAACUCAAUGCCCAGGAGACAACUCAAGAAAAAGACUCCAAAAACCAAAACAGUUUGAAGAGGAAAGUCUGGUAAACCAAGGGUCUACUUUAUUGUUUGAUCUCUAUUUACCUCAGUCAAUCCAGAUCUAUUUUUGUAUGCUUGUGUCAAGGCUUUGUUUCUUCAAGAUUAGUGAAAAAAGGGCAUAUUACUUUGACAGUUUGAUACUGUUAGCUACUAAGUUAAGUUCAUCGUUAUUUAAUUGAGUUUGAGAAAGAAUUUAAUAAUUUUGCUUUUGAAUCUGCUGCAUUAUUUGUUUUGCCUAUUUUCAUGAAACUUUUAGUCAAGGAUUCAUGGUGCUUGUGGAUGUGAUAUACAAGGAAAAGUUCCUCUUCAGGGGACAUUUACAAAGUGUGACAAUGUUUUUGAGAACCUUCAACUGUUGAGAAGCAGAAUGGAGAGCAACUAAUUAGUUUUAGUUUAAAUGCAUUGUGCUAUUCAUCUAUCAUGGGACUAUUGUUUCUAUAUAAUGCUAGGUAAAAGUCCAUAAUCAAUUGCCAUGAGUCAACUGAGAACUGAGAAAACCAUCUUGUUAAUUUAAUUUUAUAUGCCAAUCACAAAAAAUGAGGAAGAAAGGAUUAGAGGGAAUAUAGAAUAUAACUAUACAAGAGAGGGGGAGAGAUGAAGAGAGAGCUUUCAGAGUGUUUGUUUUUUUUUUUAUUAAAUAACUAUUACAAUUAUGACAUUAGGUAGAAUAGGAACCUAAUUGAUAAUAAUUUAUGUUAAUAAAUAUUACAUUUAUGAUAUUAAGUACUCUAUUAUCUACUCUUAUCUACUUCUGUUAAAUCUCUGUCAUUGCUUUUGAUAGGUAGCUUGAUUCAUUGGUAGUUUGGCUAUUUGGUAGUUUAGCAAGUCUAUUAACAACAAAUGCUGAUUUUUUGUCUUUUUAUCCACCUUGAAUAUUCGCUAGAUUUAUAACUUUUUCAUCUUUUGGAUUAAAAAAAGUUAGUGAAGUUGUCUUUGAUUUGUUUUAUUAUUCUUAUUUUUCUUGAUACUAGAGUAAUAAAGAAAAACUAUUUAGAAUGGAAGGCCUGGAUUAUCCAUUUUCUUUAUUACUCUAGUAUCAAGAAAGAUAGGAGCAAUAGAACAAAUCAAUUAUAACUUCAUCAGCUUCUUUUAAUCCAAAAAAAUGAAGAAGCUAUAAAUUUGACGAAUAUUUAAGAUGGAUAAAAAAACAAAAAGUCAAUAUUUGCUAUUGAUAGACCAAUUAGAUGCUAAACAGUUAGACUGCCAAUGAAUCAAAUAAUAUGUCAAAAGCAAUGGCAGAGAUUUAACAAAAGUAAAUAAGGGUAGAUAAUAAGAUAUCCAACAUUAUAAAUGUAAUAUUUAUUAACAUGGGUUAUUAGUUUACCUAAUGUUAUAAUUGCAAUGGUUAUUUAAUAAAAAAGAAGUAGACACUUAGGAGCUCUUUCCCUUUUUCUUGUAUAGUUAUCUUUUGUAUUCUUUUUAAUCCUUUCUUUUUCAUUUUUUGUAAUCGAUAUCAGAGCUUUGUAAAGAAUCUUAUCUAUUGUAGCUUGUUUAAAUCAAGGUUGAUAUAUAUAUGUAUAUAUGUAUCCUAGUUGAGGUUUUCAUCGAUUCUUAUAAGUAUUUCUUUACUUUCUCAGCUUUUAGUUUUUAGUUUUAUGUUCUAAAACUCAUAUAUCUGUUUAUUAUCUCUAUAUUAGUAUUGUGGUUUUGUUAUUGCUUUUUAAUCUAGCUUUUGAGAUCUUGGUAUGAUAUACAUACGGUUUUAGAUGUUAGGAAUAUAGAGCAAGAAAUUGAAAACUACGUUUGUUCAUAAAAACUUCAUUAUUAUAGUCUACAUGUGGAUCCUCAAUUGAAAAAUCAUAUAUCGGCAAUCAAUCAUAGUAUUAAUGAUUUGGUUGAUUUAUCUGUUACUUUCUUUAAAAAAUUAUUUAAUAAAGUUGAUAUAUUAGAAUAAAAAAUAGAUAAUUUAGGAUAAGUUAUUAGUUUAGAUUUACACUAAGAAGCUAAAUAGUUAUUAGUAAAUAUUAAUGAAAAAUUAAAAUUAUUAAAAGUGGAUGAAUGUCAAACAAAUGAUUUUGGACCAUUAUAUUAUGGUAAUGCUAUUCUUAUGCUUAAUGAUGAUAAAUUAUCAUCUUCUCCACCAAUGAAGUUUUUUAAAGCAAAAUGAUUGGAUUUUAAAUCAUACAAAAGUUUCAUAAAACAUUUUACUAAUAAAAUGAAAAAAACAAAUAUGAUA